AUGGCGUCGUCGCUGUGGUCUGAGCUCCGCGCCAGGGACCCGAACCCGACCGCCAUGCUGCGCCCGGAGUCGAUCAAGAGGUGGGUCGCGCUCGACGCCACGUUCAGGAGGGCAUCCACCGAGAUCGACGGCAAGGGCAAGUUCGACGCGAGCACCGUGCGCGUGCACGACGACGGCUCCAUCGCGGGCGCGUGCGUCGGGAGCAAGGGCACCGAGCGGUACGACGUGCGGGUCAGGGUGUCCGUCGCGCACGACGACGCGGCCAACCCGCCGCCGCAGGGCGCGUCGACGUUCGAGGGCGCGUGGAUCGAGGCGACGUGCACCUGCCCCGCCGCGACCAAGCCACCGUUCGUCCAGCACAGCGCCGCGGCGCCCAAGAUCCAGCCCCCUAAGGGGAGCUGCAAGCACUCGUGCGCGCUGCUGCUGUGGCGCGCUCGCACCCUCAGCGCGCCGCGCUACCCGACCGCCGCCGUCGACGGCGACGUCGACGACGCUCCCGUGGUAGACGACACGACCGCGACGCAACCCGCGGAUCCCGGACCCUCGGCGCCGCCACCGCUGCCAGCUGUGUCACCGCCGCCGCCAGCUGUGCCGCCGCGGGCGCAGGCGGGCGCGAAGCGGCGCCGCCUGCCGCGGUCCCUCGUGCAGGCGGCGGCCGCGGCGGGAUCCGCCGCGACGGAUCGCGCGACGAAGACGGCGAGGAAGGGCGCGGCGAAGGGGACGGCGGGUGGGGAAGGGGGAGGCGGCGGCGGCGGCGGCCCGGGGGGUGGCGCGGCGCGAUCGGAUGCGUCGAAGGGGGCGUCGUCGACCGCGAGGGUGAAGCGCGAGCCCGGGUCGGUCGCAGCCGCCGGCGGCGGCGGCGCGGCGACCGCGGGGGCGGCGGGGGAAUCGGAGCCGACGUCGAACCCCCGCGCCGACCGAUUCGCCGAGGCGAAGGCGUUGACCGACGAUUCUUAUUGGCUCGCGGCGUGCGAUCGGGCGAUGGCGGCGGAAAAGGCGGCGCCGGGUGCAGCGCCGAGCGCCCCGGCAGCGCCGAGCGCCCCAGCAGCGCCGAGCGCCCCAGCAGCGCCGAGACCCCCGCGGAGGAAGGACCUGCUCGACGACCUGUUCGACUUUGCGCCCGUCCCAUCCUCGUCGAUUGGAACGACGCGCGAGGGCUCGAGCGUCGAGCCGGCGCCCGCGCCUGAUCCGGUUCCCGCGGCGACGACGACGACGGCGACGGCGACGGCGAUGAACGGCGCGAUCGGGGGCGCGAUCGGGUCGCGCCAGAGGGAGGGAUCGGAGCCCGUCAGCGGCGGAUCCGGCGGGGCUGGGGGUCCGCGGAAGAUCAGCCUCGCGGAGCUGCUGGGCGAGUACGGCAUGGGCUGA